AUGAGUUCGACUCAAACUAUAUUAGAACAAGCACUUUAUCAAAUGACAAAAGGCUUUGUUCCAUUCCUUUUACUUCUACUAGGAGCAUUUGGAUCAUUAGGAAAUAUCAUUACAUUUACAUCACGUUCGUUGAGAAAUAAUUCUUGCGCAUUUUACUUUCUUUCAACAGCCACAUUCGAACUAUUGACUGUUUCUUUUGGUCUCAUAUCUCGUAUUGCUGAUCAAUUUGGCAGUCUUCUUCAAAGUCAAAGUCGAAUAUAUUGUAAAGUUCGAUAUUAUUUUGCUUUACUCUUUCCAACAGUCGCUACUUAUCUGUUACUAAUGGUGACUAUUGAUCGAUGCUUGUCAACAUCGGCAAAUCCUCGAUAUCGUUCAGUGAGUCAAAUCAAAGUAGCCUAUCGAAUGGUUCCAUUUGUCAUUAUAUUAUGUAUGAUUGCCUGUUCACAUACACUUGUAUUUGUUGAUCACCGUCCUUCAUGUUUACCAGAGCCAGGUCCUUAUUCAUUGUUUUAUAGUAUAUAUUUAAUAAGUUUCUCAAGUGUUUUGCCGAAUCUUCUUUUGUUAGUAUUUGGAUUUUGGACAAUUAGCAAUAUAAGAAAAGCACGAUAUCGGACUGCUCCAUCUGUUGCGAUUAUUGAACAACAGCAACGAAAUAGACAAAAUGUGGAAGCUCAAUUCAUUGCCAUGGUAGUUUCACAAGGAAUUGUUUCAUGUAUAAUUGAUCUUACACGUAUGUCAUGUUAUGCAUAUUAUUUGUUAACUGCAAAUCAAUUAAAAAGUUCUUAUCAACAAAUCGUGGAUACAUUCAUAUUUCAAUUUAGUAUUGUUCUAUCUUAUUUCAAUUAUUCAGAGUCAUUUUAUACAAAUACAUUAACAAAUAGACAUACAAGUAUAACUGGUAGUUAG